AUGUGCGAAAGAACUCAUUUGAUAUACGCCUGCGGUCAUACCGUUAUCCAUAAUCGCAUAUCCUGCAAGGCUCAAGCGGAGAGCAAUGAUACAUCGGUGCCAAAUGGACUGGUUGAGGAGUUUUGCUCCGAGUAUGAGGAAGAGAUCGAGAUACCAGAGGAGAAGGACUGCGGGUUUUGUGUCCAAGCGAAGGAGCAGGAAUCCUUAAAUAAUCUUAAGCUCCAGCCUCUAAUCCUUGUCGAGGAAGUUGAAGUCGAAGCAGAAUGUUAA